AUGUUUUCAAUUAAAUAUUUUGUUUAUAAUUUAGCUUGGAUAGCUCUAUACCAUAGUAGUUCCAGGGAUAGUUCAUUUUUAAUCCAUUCUGAUAAAUAUUAUAAUUCAUUAAAUCAACGUAUUCUAAGAUUGGAUACUCCUGAACCAUGGGGAGAAUCUGAGACUUAUGAGAUUUCUAAAACGAAUGAAAAUGGUGAUUUAAUCACAACAGUUUAUAAUAAGAAUGGAGAGGAAUUAUAUUUCUACAUAAAAAAAAAAAAAAAUGGUAAAGGAAAUAAAGUGAAAAACUCAAAAGUAAGGAGAAGAGAAAACUAUAAUUAG